GGAAUUGCUGCUGCUGCUGCUGCUUCGGUAGGUUGAACCUUACGCGUAAAAGUGUUCAAUUUUCGUUUUAGCCAAGCUGUUUUUGUAUUUUGAGAAGCCUGUUUUUUUUCCCCAACUGAAACAGAAUACACCUUCAAAAUAUCCAUUCGGCACCCGCAGAGUCACCCUGAUCCCAUCCAAUCCAGAGCUGCCAGAGAAAAUCCUCAACAUGUAGGUGGUCUUCGGGGGUUUACCAAGUAUUUAUCUGUGGUGCUUCGUAAGGACUGAGUCGUUUUUACUACACAGCCGUGACUCAUUUUUGUAAUCCGUGGGUGUCUCCUGGCAGCACCUAAAGGCAGCGCGGCGUCCUGACGUCACAGCUUUGCGUGCCUUGCUCCAGCUCAGCAGAAGACGCCACAGCCAGAGAUCCAGAGAUCGGCGAGCAUCCAUAUUGCAGGUACCCGGCGGAGAGAAGGCACCCUGCGGCGGAUACAUUAAAGGAGUCCGGCUUAUCUUCGCUACUGCUGCUGCUGUUUCCAUCUUCUUCUGAACUAACCAGGGGUUUGUCACCUGGUUUAUUUCGUUUAAUCCUGAGUCCUCUCCUCCUCUUCCUCCUCCUUGGUCACCAGGGGAUGGGGGAAUGAUCUGCACCGACUCCCUCUCGCCUCCUCCUCCUCUUCCUCAUCCUGCUGCUCCCUCGGUCGGUGUCUGUGACCAGGAUGCGGGGCCCGCUGCUCGGCCAGGCUGCGGUUUUUGCGGCCCUGUGGGCGAUGAGCACCUGCCUGACAGGUGAGAGCUGCAGCUGACACACACUGACUUGUGUUUUAAAACCACCAUCCUUUGUAUAGCUGUAGUGCAUGGUGUACUUUAGAUCAGCUGUAGCUGUUGGACUGUGUUUGUUGUGGUGUCAGUCGAGAUUUAAAGUGACCUUAGAUGUUUUCCAUCUCUGUUGGCUGAUUAUUUUUUCUAAUCAUUAUUAUUUUUUAUCACCUAUCAUUACUCCAGGGGGUGAAUUGUUGUGGAGCCCAGCACUGAAUGUACAAAAUAACAUGCCUGAUUGUACAUUUUCUUUUGACCACGAUGUGCUUUACUGCAUUAAUUCAGGGUUUCCAGUAGUAAUUACAUUAUCUAUAAUCAACAGAACAUGUGGUGCUAUUAGGACUGGGCGAUUUGGCCAAAAAAAUGAUCACAAUUCAUUUUGUCAUAUCGUCCAAUCUCGAUUAUUAUCACGAUUUUUUUUUUAAUUGCCAGUUUCAAGCAUCUGUACUAAAAAGUGAAGAAACUAGAGAUUAGUUCAACAUUUUAUCAAGAUACCAGUGUUGUUUUGAGCCCCUUUUUUUCCACGACGAAGACGUGAUGUCGACGAGCUAAACAUAAGUCUUAGAUGACUAAAAUGUGACGAGACGAAUGUGCAUUUAUGUUGACGAGACUAGAUGAAAACGUUAGUGGUGGACAAUGAUCAGAGUUGCAAAAUUCAUGAGCAUUUCAUCAGUCAAACGCUAAACUUACUUUGUAUGUGGCAGUGUUGUUUUUGUCGACAAUGACCUAACAUACAAAGUAAAAAACAAAGUAAAUUCAAUAAGACAAACUUAGAAAAAUAUAAGAAGAACAUUUUAACUCAACAGUACAACAAAUGUAGAUAAAUACUAAAUAAUUAGGGUGACAAUACGCCCUCUUUUGGGGGGCUGUCUAGCUUUGUCCAGGGAAGUUUAUAAAAUCCUUCAAAUGUCCUCAAUUUUGUACAAAAGUUUUGAUUUUGUGUCACGUGGACUUACUGAGUCAGCGCAUAAAAGACACUCGAUCUGACCCGAAAAACUCUCAGAUUAACCUCGUGUGACUCUGUGACUCCAUCCCUGUGUAGUCGUGUCCUCUUUUUGGGAAGUAAGAAUAUGGUCACCCUAAAAUGAUACAGGGAACUAGUUUACAAUCCGGAGUGUUUUUGCAGGUAUGCAUUACCCAAAAUAAACAAAUGGUCCCCUCAGGGAUAAUGAAGACGCCUUAAAAUGUAAACAUUGGAUGAUGUAAACAUAGAUGAGACGAUCUGCCAUAUUUGAUCAAGUAAACAAGCUCACAGCUGAUCACCGUGAUCGAAUUGAAAUUUAUCACCAUCAUAUAAUCGCCCAGUCCUAGGUGCUAUAUAGAAAUUAUAACGGGGGUUUUACACUUUUCAAGAUAAUCUAGAGGACUAAAAAUAUAAUUUUAUCACUAAAAUAGUGCACCAGAAAUUACGUAUGCAAGGUUAACUUUCCCAAGAAACAGAAUACAUUAAAACAUCACAAUUCACAAAUAUCUCAUCACCCAAUUCCACAAAAUGGAACUUUAAUAAGUAAUUAAUAAAUUGCAGAUUUAAUGAUGAUGUAAUCAAUAGAGGGCAAUCAAUUGAACAACAUCACCAGAAUUGAUGAUUGGUGAAACAAAUGAUUAAUAUUUGUACUAAUAAACAUGACUCUAACUCAGGGCUUGUCUACUGGGCGAUACGUGCUUUUGCAUCUGUCUGGGCAUUAGAAAUCACAUGAGGCAUUGAGCUGAUAAAAGUCUCUUAGUCAGAGGGAUGAAUGGGUGGAAGAGUAUGUGUGUCACUUCUGCAGUCGUGUCCUCAGUUAUCAUGACAGAGGUGUCAGCAGAGGUCUGUUUGUCCUCAAAAACACAUUCCUGCUGUCAGAGAUGAAGAGUCCUCCAUCACUGACGUCACAGUUUGCUCUGAGAAACACAAAAAUAGUACAAAAAUAGCAGACGGGUGGUGUCACAUCCAUUUUUAGACAAAUUCAUUUCCUGCAUUGGAAGCAGUAGCAUUAUAUUUUAUUCUUAAUUUAGUACUUACUCAUAUUUCCUUAUAUACUAGCUUUAUAUAAGGGGACUGCACUGGUCUUACUAAAACAGGGAGAGUAACAUUUGUUGAUGCACAGACACAGCCUGAUUAAGGAGUGACAGCCCUAAAUUUGCACAAACAAUCAGGGCCAGGACUUGAUCCAAAGAUAAUAACAUGAUCAAAGUACUUCAAUAAAUCAUAAUCAUACUUAUUAGAUGUGUGAAAUGGACACUGCUCCAUUCAGCUGUUUUUUAAAUAUUUUGGCCAGAGGUGCAACAAGCUGCAGUUCCUCCGGCAUCCACCAAAGCAAGGCUUCACACUAAUCUUAAAGAGAGCAAAUGUGUGGGCAUUACAAACAGCUGACUGUCUGUAGUUUCUUCCUCUUAGACGUCCCGCUUUACUCGACUUUAAUUGGUCUUUAAGGCAGAAGUAACAUUGACGAGCAGGGUGUUGUUCCAGAUGUUGAUUUAUCUUCAGCUGAUAAAUCAACAGUAGUAAAGGGUGACAUGCUGAAAAAGCUGGGCUGCACUGGUUUUGAAUGAUAAAUGGGAGCUGCCAGCAUAACAAGAAAAAUAAGCUGUAAGUAGAAACAGAGCCUACUUCAUUGAUAAAAGAUGCUUUAUUUCCCCAAAACAGCUGCCCACCACUGCCCACCCCCAACAGUGAAGGUAACUGGAUGGUGUAUGUUGAAUGAACAUAAUCUGCAGGAUGUGUCCACAGCAAUGAAACGUAACCAGUGCAACAGCAUGGCUCAUUGAUGUGUUUUAACAAAUUUGCACAACUGCAGAGCUCUAUGGCAACCAUCUCUGCAGAGAAGGUGGUUGUAGAAGGAAGGGCUUAUGUAACAGAUACACAUGUUCAUAGGAUAUUGUGCAAAGAUACCUGGCUGCAUAACCUUUUAUGAUAGAUUUGAGGCUUGUGAUUUUCAUCAUACUGACCAGGAGGAGAGUAUCUAAAGGUAAAUCCUUGUACAUCAGUCAGGCUUUGUAAAUAUUCAUCUUAUUUAGUGAAGCAGGGUUUGUGGGGUGGAGGCUUUGGCCUUAUAGUUGGAUGCACUUCCCAAUGAGCCGAUUAGUCUUCCAUGCAGGCUGUUAGACCAUACACCUGAUUAGGAUCUGAAUGUAUGAGAAGAGGGCCAGUGCUGUUGCAGGGUGGUCUCCAUGAUGCCCCACUGCUACUCUGUUUGCACAACAAGAUAAGGAUGCUCUUCUCUCCAAAGGUCCCUGUCACAGGACGAGAUUUUGAUUUUUAGUUAUAAGUUAUAAGUUCAGAUCAAAAGUUAUGUAAAUGAGAAAGAUGUGUAUUCAGUUUUGUAGCAUUUGUCACCUUGUUUAGUUGUUUGAGUGGGGUUCUUUUUUUUCAUUUUGAUUUGCACAAGUGCAUAAAUAGUUAAUGUCUCUCUCAGUCUGCAUUUUUCUGCUGUAGUUGCAUUGAUUGUUUGGCUUAGUUCAAAUAUUUGAUAUAGCUAAUUCACCUGAAUCACCCUUACACUGGCACUUACUUGCUGGCAUGAUAUGAAUCACUCAUAAGUUCAGUCGUGACUUUUACUGGCACUGACCUCUGAAACAGUUGCAGCAUAUCAGUUUCCCUGUUUAGUUUCUGGUAACAUUGAACAGUUGGUAUCUAACAUGUCUGUAAAUGGUCAUUUAAGUACAAAAGAGGACUUGGACAAAGCCGUGCUAGCUGUUACCCUCAGCUUCCAAUCAUUAUUGUGUGUUGAAUACUAACAACUUAGGGUAUCCACUGUCUGACUAAUGAGACAGACUUACUUUCUGACUUCUGCUUAGAGCUGUCAGCAUUAAGAACUUUGGAUUACAGUCUGAAAUAAAUUUGAUGACAUUUUAAAACCUGUGCUAUUUUACUUCACUCCUGACAGACAGUGUUUAUGCCCCAUAAAUGGCACAUUUGAUUUACCACCUAUGAGCUAAGCACAUAAGUGCAGCCACUGGGACUGAUGUCAGUGGGGCAUUGCAUCACAAGAGCCAGCAGGACACUAUAUCGGAGUGUGAGAAUCUCCACAGACGCGGGGAUUGGGUCGUUGGGAAGUCCUCAGGUUAGAGCAGGUUAGCAUAUUAACGUGAUUCCGUGAACAUUAUCUAGCCUUGUCUAAUGGGACAGUUUGCAGCCAGACUGAGAACACUACUUUUUUGAGCUUCUGCUGUAUGGAAAGUCGGCCACAGGUGGCCCAUUGAUGCUGAGUUGCAUGCAUGCUGCUAGUUGGUCUUGUAGCAUGUUCCUCAGGUCUGUCUUUACCUACUCAUAAAAGCAAUUAAAAGUGUGGUGGUGUCAUGUAAUGUAGAAGCUUUGAGCCUCUGCUACAGUUAAUACAGUAAUGAUGUUAGCUGUAACCUAGGUCAUGCUCAUGCUCAUGCUCAUGCAGUAUGUUGUUCCUCGAACGUGUUCCAGUUAAGAGUUACUUGGACUGAGGAUACACAAGCCUCCUGCUCAGUCGUUAACAAGGAGAUUUCGUGAAAUUGAGAGAAACUGUAAUGUCAUCUGAAAAAACAUGUAAGGGCAAAAAUUUGUAUCAUUAAAGUUUAAUGCUACAGCCACUAACAUUGCAUUAUUAACACUGACAUUGCUACAAUAGAUCCGGAUAUGAAGUUGAGACUCCAGUGUUGGUUUUUCAAAAUUAUUUGUAGAGCAGUGUCACAUUUCAUCAGUACAAUUCUACACUUCUAUCAUGGUCUGUAAAUGUACGCGAAUAACGACUGUAUGUUUAUAUGAAUCCAUUCAUACAAUAUGAUUUGCAUUUGGAAAAAAAACACUAAAUAAAGAUUAUAAUUCUUAAGGCAUGGCAGCUGAUAUUUUGGUCCUUUACAUGUAGCAGAAACUCUGCUGCCAUCAUUGUCAUCCCUUACAAUUCAUCGCACAUAUUUGCAAGGAGCACAUAAUGAUGUGAUGUGAACUUUUUUAGCACAGCCCUAGUGCAGUAUGAAGCUGGCAUGUGGAUAAGAAUAGUCAUCGCACCUCUUAAUGAGCAGCGUGUCUCUCUUUCACUCUGCACGUGACUCACCUGUUGCAGGGACAAUAAUAGAACCAUCCAUGGCUGUUUGAAUCCACAUACUCUGUCAAUGGCAUCAGUGGUUGGAUCCUCACACCCACCUAGCAUGCACCUGUAAAGCUGUUCCCUGUUGCUCAUUUAUUAGAGUCAAGGCUGCUUGAAAGCACGAUUUCCAUCACAGUAAACAUAAUCUCCAGUUUUGAGCAGUUUACAUCUAUUUUCUAAGAUUACGACAACAAACGUUUACCUUGUGAUUUGAAACUUUGCAUACAUCUAGUAUGGACACCGAAGUUCGUAACCUUUUGCAGUUUUUGUCACACAUUGAGCACAAAUUGUUUAUUAAGGUGGACAUUGUGCAAAAUCUUCAAUAAGUCUCCAUGAACAUUUCUCAGUUCUUUGUGUCUUAAACCUUUCCAAAUUGAGUAGACACUUAAAAUGUCAGUAAUUUCUGGAGUUUUCAGACUCUGUUGUCUGUACAGUAUUUUUAGCUCUUCUCUUGUCUUUGAAUUAAGUCCUGGAGAUGUCUGUGCUGUGGCUGAGGGAAACAGAUGAGCCUUUUGUCUCUGUGGAUUCUCCUCUCUGUUUUCAGUUGUGAGGCUUUGCAUAGAUUAGUUAAGCCUCUGCUGCUGUAGUCUCCAAAGUGCUGGCUGCUAUUUGUAUGAGUGAGUGUACCCUUUUACCCUUUGGUAGCUGCCUCAGAGGUGAUAUUGAUCAUGGUUCAAGUAAGGAUAAUGACAAUUUUACCUGCACAUACUUAUGCAGUACCACUGAAAAGAGAGAAACAGGUGCUGCAGUCAGUGCAAAUGUUUUGUUGAAAGCUACAAUGUAAAACUAAACUGCUUUUAUCUGUUAAAAUUUGAACAUAAUCCACCUACGCACAUUCAUUUAUUCAUAUAUUUUAGUGCUAUCAAAUGAUUAAUUGCAUUAGUUAAAUUAAUUAGAUACAUUUUGAUUAAUCAUGAUUAAAUAUCUUUCUUUUUAAUCUAUAUUAAUUGUGUUUUAUUCUGCUCUAAAGAUGGAUUGAUUGGGAUCAUUUUUUAUGAUAGAUCAUGAUAGAUUUUAAUUUUGACAGCCCUAAUUUAAUUAUUUAUUUUUCCCUUUAUUUAGUGAUGCAGAACAACAAAAACAAUACAAGAUACGUGAGAGACACAACACAAUGUUUCGAGAUAAGGGUUUCCGAGGGGCGGUCCAAGAGUGAGUGUAUGUGGGGGUGGGGGUAGGAUGUUGUUUAUAUGUGCUGGAGUGAAUGGAAGUAUGUGUGGGAUGAUUCAAUGUGCAUUGGUCUGUAUGAGGAGCAGCGAAGGGGUGAUGUUUUAGUGAUAUCUAAGGACAGAGAUGUGUAUUUGUACAAAUAUAUAAAGGAUGAGAUGUGUUUGAUUGUGAGAUCGAUGAGAUUUGUCUAAGCUUUAAAUGACAUGUGAACGUGUAUGGAUGAUGAGUGUUGAUACAGAAGAAAUGAACAAACCAAAAAUUAUUUAUGGUAAUAAUGAAUGAAAAGGGGAGAGGUCAGAGUAGAGUGGAGAAAUAGAAAUAAAUGAAAUGACAAGACACAAGGUAGACAGAAAAGAAAGAAAAAGAGAAGAAAAAAACAAAACAAAAGAGAGCUUCUUUUUUCAUAUCUAUCUUCCACAUGUCUGUUUUCCCCCCUUUCUUCCCAUCCCCUUUUUAUCAUUUCCUUUAUUUUUCCUUUCUUUUGUGGGGUGGAGGUAAGCAUUCAUCAGUCGCCACAGACUCUGCAGAGUGAGCUUGCUGAUGUGGCCACCUCCUGAGUGUUUCUCAUCCCACGCAACCCCCUGACCUACUAGAAAAGAGUCUGUUUAAGAAGGCUGGGAUUUAUAAGUUUAUCUUCUUGAUUUUCAAUAUCUAUUGAUUUUUUUUACUGUAUUAAAAGUAAAAAGAAAAAACAAUAAUAACACUUCUAUUUUUUUCUACAAUUUCGCUUGCAUGUUUGUCAUACAAAUUAAACAGUAUGUCUGAAUUCUGAAGAUAUUAGAUUUUGGGAAAUUGUGUUGACACAUUAUAGCUAUAGUCUUAAAAAAGUGCGUUAUUACUGCUGAGUAGUAUCUCUUGGUAUUACUAGUCCCCUCUUGUUUGUUUAGGGUUUGUACUGUGUCUAACAUUCACUGCUGGAACACCACAAUCAUUGGUUCAGGUUUAAUCUGCCCGUUUAUCUAAUGUUAAAAAAUACCAGUAAACACUUAUGAAUAGUAGGAGCUCUAAUCUCAACAUUAGAUACUGUGCUGUGUAGAAAAGUCGCAUUCUUCCAUAUUUCACAUCAUCUCUGCAUGUCUCCGUUUGACAUGUCAGCCUGAGACUAACUGUCCACCCUGGACUUCUGCAUCUGUGCGGUGACUCACCCCUCUGAUGAUGUCACACCUCCUCAGUUGCCAUGGCAGUUGUCCUGGCAACCAGCGUCUGUGCUCUGUAUGGCAGAGACCUGAGUGACUGUGAUGGUGAAGCUAAAAGGGUUAAUAUUGAUGGCUGGGAGCUAAUUAUUUUGUCCUGCAGCAUAAGCAGCACUUUCAGAGGCGCUGCAGUAUUCAUUAUUUUCGGCUUGUUUGGUUUUAUACUCUGAUGUCUUUUGCUUAAAUGCGAAAACGCUGUGGAGAAAGACAAGAGCUGCACUGUCACUCCAGGACAACAAGUGCAACAGAUACUCCCCGUGGUGAAGCACAUGCAGUGGUGCCAUGUUUCACAGCAAGAGGAGUGUGGGAGAAAGAUGGAGGAAAAACCCAGCCUCUUUGUGUCCGACAAAAAGAUCUUUUUAAUGUUUUUUGUUACAUAAAUUAUAGCUUUUGAAUAUUGUCACCAAUACAAGAAGACUGUGCUAACUUCUUAUGUGACUUCGCUGUUUUAUAUGAAAUGUUACUAUUGAAAAACGAAACCUUUUAGUCAACCUUUUAAUGUGGGCUUUUUUAAAGCUUCUAACAUCAGACCUUGCAAAGAAAUAUAAGGAAAACUACUUCACUCUGACAGCACAUUUGACAUGCUUAUGGCAGGAGCUGACGAUUUCGUUGUAUAGGCUUCACUCUCAUCACUGUUCACUAGAUGUUACAUGCAGAAAUUAAAGGAGAGAUGAGACAACAUCAUAUAUUUUGGUGGAUAGAGCUGAGAUUUCAAUCCCAGCACUAGCAAUGACAGACUAAAGGGGGGGGCCAGAAAAUUUUCACUUGAACUCAGAGGAUACAUUUGUUUGAUUUUGGAUAGCGAUGCAUGUCAAGUCUGAAGUCAGUGUAGCUUGACUCAAGGUAUAUUUGUGCCUCUAACUUGUUAAACUAUACUGAUAAUUAUCAACUGCUUAUGCAAGAACGAAGUCAUCAUUAUUACUUCAACUUGCUGAAUUUCUUAGUAGGUGUGAUCGUGGUGAGUUGUUUUUACUAUGUGGGCUAUCUUUCUUGAUUAAAAAAAAUUAAAACAAAUCUUAAACUGCCAAAAAAUGCUUUCAACAGCAUUGUUUCACCUUAACGUCAAACAACAACUACUACACUGAACAUUGUGUCCAGGUGUGUGUUUGCAGGCCUGUAUAGAUCUAAAUGAUUUUUGGCACACAGUGUGUGUGUGCAUGGACACUUAAUGCAAUAACUGGAUUGAAUUGUGGUUUUGUAAAAUUUACAAAAAUGCUAAUCAAAAUUUUCUUCAUCACUUCCUUCACUGCUGUCAUUCACAAACCCACCCCUCCUCUCUUGUUCACUUCCUGAAGAGACUAACAUACACAACAACAACACGGCUGUUCAUGUGAAUCAAGAGUUUAUUCCCUAUGAAAUGUGGUUAAAAACUACAUUUUCUUGGACAACACGCAGAUAUUAAAGUUACAAGACUGGCAAACCAGAGGCAUGGCUGAGUUGACUGAUAGGUAGGCAGCAUGUUGCUAUGGAGGCGUGCCAUUGGUAGGUUGACCAGAAGUGAAGUUGAGUCAGCAUUUCCAGUAUUGUGACCAGUACCCAAAGGCUAUAAAACUCUGCUUCACAAAUCAUCACCAACACUACAUCCAUGUAUUAAACGGUCUAAGGUUGAUGCCCAGUAGCUCCACAGGGUGCUUUCACAACCCACUGACUUUCAUUGAUUUCUUACAUUGAGGGCCAGCCUGAGACUUAGAAGAACAUUUUCAACACAGUGUCUUAAGGAGGAGGGGAAAUGUGUUUGGAAUUAUAUCCAGAAAAAAAAAAAAAAAUUAAAAUGUAUUUUGUGUUUCAUAUGUGUCUCUUCAGGCUCUCAUCUGUGCCCACGAAGUUUAGACUGUGCCCGAGCAGGACGACAUUUCUGUCAGCCGGGCAGCUCACACUGUGGGCCCUGCCUCCACCCUCUGGUGGAAAACUCCCACGGUCACUGUGUGGUGAAGAGGAGGCACACCUCUCACUCUGCUGCUAAGUCUGUUAAAGGUAGGUGCUAUGCUAAAUAAAUGUAAGGUGUAAUCAUGUGGCAGUAAAACUAAAACAUAGAACCAAAUAAAGAGUCAUCAGAGAGCUUCCAGCCACACAUUAGGUUUGACACCGAGUCACCGAAUGAUCCGUGUUCUUCCUCUCUGUGCUCUUUAUCUCCACAUGAGUCAUGUUCCCCACUAAAGGUCGACUACAGACACUCUCGGUGAGUGUAACACCAGAAACAGCCCCCAGUUAGCGGAGUGUGUCAGAGUUAAUGAUCCCUGCGACUCUGUUUCAUGUCCUACUCCUCCAGGACUUUAAAGACAUGAGGAUAAGAUGGUGAUGAAUGAGGGAGGAAUCGGACGGAGCUGCUUUGUCGGAAAACAGGAAAAAAUAUUCAGCAACAAAUGUCCUUGAUUAAAUUUAUCAGGAAACAAUGACGCUGUUUGUAGAUGUGACAAUUUGUGUACGUCACGUCUUGUUUAGUCUAUUUUUAACAUAGAUUGUAUAUAGAAUGGACGUCAUCUGCCUCCUGAACAGCACCCCCUGGUGACUGGUUGCAGUAUAGGUCAUAAACCCCGCCUCCUUGAGCUAAAUUAUAAAAAUGUAAUUGUUCCUGAAUUACAGCUGGUAUCUAAAAGUAAUUGUUAUCCUAAACUCUGGAAUUUUCUGACAGUGUAUCUCAGAUUAGCGUAAUCUGUAUCCUCUUAAAACUUUCUGGAUUCUCUACCUGCUAUUUGAUUUAUUGUCGUUUCAUUAUAUUGCUGUUAUUUCACAUGGUGUUUUAAUUAUUUUUACCUCUUUCAUUUUAAUAUCUGCCUGGCUCUGAAGGCACUUAAUAGAUGAAGUUUGUUAUUAUUGUAAUAAUAAUAAUAAUAAUAAUAAUAAUUAUUGUUGUUGUUGUUGUUGUUGUUGUUAUUAUUAUUAUAUACUUCUAUUAUUAUUACUAUUAUUAUUAUUAUUAAUAAAAUAUGUUAUUAAUGAGUUACAAGCCAAGAAAAUUUCAAGAGAAUAAUUCACUUAUUUUAGGCAAAUUAUAGUAUCACAGUAACAGAAAAAAGUGGUGCCAGCUUUGAGUGUAAUGUUAUUAAAGGCCAGUAAAAUGUAAGCAGUCAGUGAGCUUUCAAAGCAAUCGUGUGUAAUAUUUUACACUGGUUUCAAGCUGAGUCUUAACAUAGGCCCUCACUCUGGCAGAUUCUGAUAUUUCCCGGAACCUGAAUGGUUUUUACUGGGUACCACAUUCACUGCCCCACAGCCCCAAAUCUUCAGCAGAGCAUCAAAUCUUGAUUAAUCUAAGUUAGGACUCUUCAUUCUGCAGUCUUCCUCUCUCCUUUCACUUACUUCAUAGCCGUCCUCAAAUCUGAGGCUUCAUACAAACCAUGUCCAGGUUCUAUUUCUCUUCAUCCUCCUUCUCCUUCUCUCUGUCUCUCCUUCCUGUUUCCAUGGUGACGUCUCAGAUUCAUGACUCUGAGGAAAACCCAUUCCACCAACGACAUCCUCCUCCUCCUACUCCUCCUCCUCUUUCUUGCUGUCUUUUGCUGCCAUAAGCCUACACUCUGAGCAGCUGGGUUUGACAUCAGAGCUCUAAGCCAACCUCCAACACACAUGCACGCACACACACACACACACACACACACACACACACACACACACACACACACACACACACACACACACACACACACACAACACACAAUGUUGAUACACACACAAAGAGUGCACAACCUUUUCCUCGCCCACUCACUGUAAAUAGUGUUAUAUUAAUUUUUGGAAACCACACAUUUACACCCACAUCCAUCCCUCACGUUUAUCCUUCAGCUCUCCCUCUCACACACUAACACACACACGCACUGCGUCACUGGGACUUCCUUAUACUCAUCAGCAUGAUGAACUCUGGGUAGUGUGAUGUUGCUCUGCAAUGCAGCAGGAUCACAGCAGGUGGAGGGAUGUGGACAGGCAUGAAAAAAAUCAGGACUGCAGUUAUUUUUCACGCCACAAGAGGAAAGUGUUUUUUUAUUUUUCGAAAGACCUGACCUUAGUGGGAUGAAAAAGGCAUUUAACAGAAGAGCUGCAAAGCAUCCCCCUAACCACCCAUCCAUCCAUAAUUUAACCUUACUCCAGGGAGCAAGAACCUGUUCCUGGAGGCUUGCACUCGGCCAGAGGUGGAGCCCACUGUGGACAUGUUGCCAGCCUUUCUGACAUUUAAGAAAAAUAGAAAUGACCUCUGUUAGACAGAGCUGAUGAGAGCUUUACUUCAUAACAAAACAGUUGAGUACUUUGCAGAGAUGUAACAAUUCAUUUAACUCGUGAUACUCUAAGUAUAUUAACGUAAUGUCAACAAAUAUCAAUUUAAUGUGUUCGUCCUGCUAAAACUGGACUUUUAAGAUAAAUGUAAUCAUAUUCGUCUGACUUAAACUGCACCGAGUUGAAUUUCUCUAAGUUAAAAGUUAAAAUCACUACCAAAAAUACACAGUCCAGGAACAGUUUCAUGCAUUUGAACAGCAUUUCAGGAUGGGGUAAAUGACAGUGGUGUAUCUUGCAGUCAGACAACCGUGGAAGCUCCAAAUCUUUUGGCUUCAGUUUAUGAAUUAAAAUGAUUUGGAGCUUUUCUUGUCUUAUACUUUCAGCUGCAUCACUUACUGUUGUGAUGGAUUCUGUGUGAGGAGUUCUGGUUUUUGUGUCCCUGCAGGGAAGGCGAGCACCUACCCAGAGCUGGACGAGGAGAUCGACUUCCUCUCUGCCAUCAUCAGCGAACAGAGAACUGAAUCCAGGCUGCCAGGUAAAUAAAAGACCACUUCUAUUGACACCCUUGUGAAUUAGACACAGCACCCUGCUGACUGAAUUGCUUUUCACUCUUAUCUUAUCUAGCUCCACCUGUUCAGGAUGCUCCUAAACCGGAGUCAAAGCAGCCCAGUGAGCCUGGUCCUGUCCAGAACACACCCACGGCAGAAGUGCAACCAGCUGCAACCCAGAGCGACCAGCUCACCAGCGUGCGCACCACCACCGCUACCACCCUUUCAAACUACACCCCUGCUCUGCUCAAAGACCCCAUCAUUGUCCCCUACCCCUCAAACGACCAUGCCUUUAUCAGUAAGUCUUUCUGUACAUUUGUGACCUCAAUUUAUGUUCAAGCUUAGGAUGGGAUUCAAACCAAUUUAAUAUUUUAAAUAUUAAACUUUAAGAUUUAAUAUUUAUUUUUUUUAAGCUGUCCCAAAUGCUACAGGAGAGGAUUAGGGCCACUGGGAAAAAAAAAAAAAGGUCCAAUAAAUAUUUUUAAUUUUUUCUUUUUCUUUUGCGAAAAAUGUCAGAAUUUAGAUUUUUUCUAACUCUCAGAAUUCUUCCUUUUUUUCUCAUAAUAAUAGUAAAAAGAUAUAAAUAUUGGACCUUUUUUCCAGUGGCCCUAAUCCUCUCCCGUAAAAUGCAAAAAAGACAUGUUUAUAAACAUCUCAGAGGCUUUGAGAAGCUAUUGAUGUGAGUUGACUUUGGUGGCCCCUAUUGGCAAAGAUUAACAUCUUAUCCUUUUCUGAUCUUGUCCUGUACAUGCCAAGGUAAUAUUCUCUGAAAAAGAAAUCUCCCUUUGCUUCAUUUUAUUAAUAAAUUUUUUUAUACUUACUGAGAAUAUUUUCAUGGUGUACUGUCAGUCAUCUGGUUUGAGAAGAACACUCCAAGGAGCACACAAAAUCAGCAUGAUAACUAUAACAAACUUAUGGAGUUGUCUCUUGAUUUUGUAACCUCUUGAGUCCAGCUGCUUUGAAAUAAGUCUAGAUACACUGAGACAGAGCAAAAUGUAGAACUGAUGGAAUACUAUGUUAUGUUACUGUCUCAUUAACGUGUCCUAUAGCCUCAGUAAAGUAAAAAUAAAUAAAAAUAAUAAUGAAAAUAAUGCAUCAGAUUUCAUGUAGCGCUUUACCAGAGACCCUCAAAGCGCUUUACGUUGGAUAACACUUUUGCUGCCUUGCCUCAGUUGUAUAAUAGAGUCCUUAUUCUCUCUACAUUUGAGCUCAUUCAGUUCCUUUCUCAUUGAUAGUAAUUCAAGAGUGAGAAAACUAAAAGGGUUAAAACGUAAACGUUUAUGAAUGAAUAACGUGCACUGUUGUUUCAUCAGUUACCUCAGAAAGGAGGGAUUAACCCAUGCAACCACUCGGAUUCUACCAAUACUGUUUUCAGCAUGUCUUGUUGUGAUUUUGGUAUUUUGCUUCGAGGCCAGACCGUGAUCAAUUGAUUUUGUCACCUACGCAGUCACACAAGUACACACAUUGUUAGUUACUGGUUCCCACAGGGUGUUUUCCAUGAGCUGUAGAUUGGGAAAAACCAUCCUGGGAAAUACCAUGAUCUCAUCUCAAGGCAAAGAAAGACACCUUAACAUAAACGUGUCAUUUUUAAUAAAGGAAAUAAGAAUCAUGGAAGACUUAAAUGUUGAAAGGACAUUAAUGAUGUCUAAGUUCAGUUUUAUGAAAACUUUUUCUCAAGAGUUGCCACCACAUGCUUUGGAAAAUCUUGGGACUGGCCUCUGAUUCAUAUCGCUGUUGGACAGAACAGAGCUCAAGCGCAUCUGUGGAUCAGUUCCGCCAUGCUGCAUUUCUGCUCUCAAUGCUUUUAUUUGUUGUCACUGUGGGAUGUGACCAAGGAGCAAAACUGACUCCUGGUUAUUUUCAGCAUCUCCUCUCUCUGCCUCAGACUUAGUCCUGGACUUUCAGUCAAGGAUCAUGUCUUCGAUUGACAUCUACAGAUCUGUUCAGUAUUCUCUCCCGCUAACCAUCUGUAUGUAUUUCUUUUCAGUAAUGAGCAGCGUCUUCAUCAUGGCCGGCUCAAUGGCUCUGAUCGUUGCUGGGGCAUGUUGGCUCAGGUAAGACAGAAAUUUCACCCUUUUUAACUUGAAUGCAUGUUAUGUCAUCUCCCUCUCUUUCAAGACUCAAAGAUGAAGUCUGUAGAUUUACGUUUUUUCUUGAUAACUAGAGGUAUUCAGAUAAAAUACACAGUUAAUAUCAGAAUCAGUAGUGUUGGCAAGGUAUGUGCACAAUAAGGAGUAAUCUCUGUUUAUUGAUUCUGCAUAAAAACAAGGAAUAAUUAGUAGGUAUGGAUCUGAAUUUAAAUAUGAGAAGUCUUAGUCUGAGUAUUAUAACUCUCAAAAACUACAAAUGUAGUAAACUACCCUACAAAAACUCUCAUUCGGUUGACUUUUGACAGUCAAAUCUAUCAUUUAUUGUGAAUAUUUUAUGUGUGAAUUGUUGAAACGAUUUACAGCUCGGCUAAAAAAUACCCUCCCACACCGGUAUAAGGCAUUAAAGCUAAAAUAUAAAAACUGUCAGUCUUGUUCCCAGUGGUCUUGGUUUGCUCUAGUUUAUUAAAAAAAGACAAUAAUAUGAAUUAUAAUAUGAAUUUCAGCCUGUUUUAUUAACAUCAAGAAACUCCUCACAGGAGCUUUAAGCUAUCAGACUCAUCAUAUAUACAUAGGCUUUAUACCAGUAAUGAUAUAUGUUUACUUUGUAUGAAUAUAGUUUCAAAGUGAGUCUACUAUUCACCAGUGUGAAUCAUGAAUCAGAUGUCAAAUAAUAUUUUACAACACUUUUUUUUUUUACAUCUAAUGAACUUUUUGAAAAUUGUUUUAUUUGUUUUCCAGAUUGCAGAAUAGUGUGCGUCUGACUCAGAAGGUGGACUACCCGGUUUACGGACUGAUGAGAGCCCAAACCUUUGACAACAUGGUAAGUAAUGCAUCUCUAUGUUACAAAUUAAACAAAGUCACACGGGGUAAAUAAGCAGAUGGAGAAGUUCUUUAAGAUUUCUUUAAUUUUGCUGCAGAUUGAACAACACUCUUUGAUGUGAGUUAUCACAUAAGGACAAACUUGGUUCUUAAUUUAGCAAUAUAACCUGUUGUUACUUCUCAUGCUCACAAAGACCCCUUUACAGCUUGUUCUGCUGCCCCCAAGUGGUUAAAUACAUUUAUACAGCUUUAGAUACGUUGAGUAACUUUUCAGAACGAUUUUCAUGAGUUAUGGCUGGAAAGUGUUAACUUUUUAAAAAUUGGAGUAACUUCAAUAACAUUUAGAAAAUAAACCUACUGAUUUUUGUUAUGUCUGCACAUCAAUGAUCAGACGUUUUUGUGAGAAUUUAAUAAGAAACUCUUUUAGUUCACUAAAAGAUGCUGUUAAAGGUAUGCUUUGACGAAUCAUCAUCUUUUUUAAUCUUCCACUAAAAUUUUUAAAGAAAGAAAGUACAGAAAGAAGACAAAAAAGACUGCGUUGACGAGAGAGGAGGAUGAAAUAGGAGAAGAUAGAUGCAACAAAAUCUCCAGGCAUUGUGAAUAUUUAUGAUUUUGUGAAGAGACAGAAAGGUGGUGAAGUAGCUUUUAUAAAGUACCAGUUGUCUGUUUUAUGUUUUCUACUGUUGUGUUUGUGUUGUUUUUACAUGUUAUAGUGAUAUAAACACACAAACAGUCACCAUGUCUUAACCCCCCAACUGCUUUAUGUACACCCUAAACCUAACAAGACCAAAAGGAAAAAUGUAGAAAAUUGUAGAAAAUGUGUGUUCUUUAAAACAUGCUCCUGAAUAAAAACCUGGUUUUAAUACUAGAAAAUAAAGUCACCUGGGUCAACCCCAAAAAGGCAAACGUGGCUGUCCUUUGAGCAGCACGUGCAGAGUGGACACAUGCUGUCGGACUGAAUGUCGGCUAAACAAUGUGACCUGAUGUGGAUGUUUGCCUCUGAGGUUCUCAUACCUCCUCUUCCUCUUGGUCCAUUACAGCCCGGGGACAAGAAGCUGGCCCACAGCGCUCAGAUGUACCACUACCAGCAUCAGAAGCAGCAAAUGCUUUCCCUGGAAAAGUGAGUCAUCCUCUCACACACUCAUCUUUUUUAAGGGGCACGUGUUUGUCCUGUCCCUCAUGCCCUCCCUGCCUCCAAAUGUCUCGCUGUCCUUUGAAUAUAAACUGUGUGUGUGUGGCUUCUGCAGACACAGGGACGAGCCCAAAGUUCCUGACUCAGGAGCAUCGACAGACGAAGAGAAUGACGACGGAGAUUUCACAGUGUAUGAGUGUCCUGGGUUGGCACCGGUAAGAAAAACCUGUAUUGAGAAUCACUGAGAAUGACUCAUUUAAGUGAAGUAUGGAUGUGGAGUUUAAAGAACCAACUGUGGCUUUAGACAUUUCCACAGUUUUUUCGGCAGUGUAAAAUGUAAAAUCUGUUCUUUAGGUAACAGUAUACAAGUGGCCGUACCUGAGAGUCAGAGUCCAAAGCAGACCAAACUAAUGGGGUGGUCUUGCCAUUUUUUUCUGCUAUUGGAGGCGUGUUUUCUGGCUCGACAAAAUCAACCCAUACAUCUACAUCCUUUUUUUUCUUUAAUAUUAAUGGAUUUAAACAUUAACCGAUAGACUGUAUAUAGAAUGGACAGCGUCCAGUAAUUGGGCCCAGCUCUGGUUAAAUGCAUAAUGUUUUGAUGCUGUAUUAAGCAUAUUUCUUAUGCUUUGGGUUUUGAAUAGACACACAAGUAAACUACAAGCAGAAUAAAGCAACCCAAAUGGAGAUAUUGUUUUCCCAAUGAUAGAGUAUGUUCCUUAAUGUAUUUCUCAUCUCUGUUUCUCUGCAGACAGGGGAGAUGGAGGUGAAGAACCCACUGUUUGACGACUCCACCCUUUACUUUCAGACAUUCCCAAAGUAAACUCACACUGAGAUGUUUCCCAAUCCAAAUGCAGCACCUGUGUGUAACAGCAGUUAAAAUUACACACAUUAUACACUGUACACAUUUGAUCCUGUGCUCAGUGUCCAGCCUUUAAAAUGGAUGGGAUGAAGAGUGUGAGGUCCAUGUUGGGAGGAAGAGGACAUUGACGGGCUUGUUUCUGGUUUGAAGAGCGACUGAAUCUGGGAACAAUGUCCCACUUUUUCAGCCACAUCCUCUUCUCUUUAAUUUAAUCUCUCUUUUUCCCCAUUUUUAUGACUUAGUUCUUUCUUUUUUUAUUUUGACAGGACUUCUGUCUGGUAACACUCUCACUAAGAAACACAGGAUAUCAAAAUCAAAUGAAUUUUAUUAGUUUAUUACACUUUAUCUUCCGUAAACCUCUCCUAAUUUGCUGCAGAAAUAUAAUUUUAAAAUCUCCUGACCUCCAUGCAGCACCACGCUCUUUAUCAGUAUGUUAUGUAGCCUUUGUGUUUUCUCAAUCUCGUUCCUCUAUGCAUGAAUUGAUGAUGCUGUGCUAUGAAGCCUGAGAGUCAAUAUGCAUUUUAAAAGUUUUACAAGUUUCUUGUGCAAACUUGCUAUGAUUAUAUAUAUUUAUAUAUGAAUAUAUAUGAGCUAAAUGAUUUCAAAGGAAUUAGAAACCUCUUUACGUAGACCUCUGAAACAGAGUGAGCCCCUCCUGUACAUACAUGAUCUGACUAACAUGGCUUGUCCUCAUGGUUUGUGAUGUGUAAAUAGCUGCUGAUGUGUUGUACAGGGCAGAGAUGUUACCUCUCACUCAGUGUGUUUGUCAGUGAGUGCUGUGUCACAUACUCUACUGUUGUUUGUUUCCUUAUCGUAAAUUAUUUAUCUGCACAUGUGGAAAGGACAGUUAAUGUCUGGGAUUUUAGAGGUUUUCAAAAGCUUAUUUGAUAUAUAUUUGUAAUUGUGCAGAAGGGGUUUUAAUUGAAUUUUAUAAAGGGAAAAGCAGAGAGUAUCUGUGAAUCAUCCUAAUCGUCAUAACAAGGUCACCGGCAAUGUUUAAACCCUACCAAAUUUUUAAAGGUUCCAUGUAAUGAAAAACAUAUUUAUUGUCUACACACUUAAGUCAUCCUCCAGCAUAGUAACCCUGAGAGUAUGGAAGCAAAGACGCCUCUGCAUUGUAUCUAUAGUACUACUACUGAGAAACAUAUCUUGUGAGGCCUUAGUUGGACGAGCACUGCCCCAGUAAAAGUGGAAAAGCCAUUUCUUUGCAUUUUUAAAAACAUCAUCAGUCUUACUCAAAUGUUCUGAAAAUAUUCUAUGUACAAACAGAUCUACUAAAACCACUGGGAUAUGCGUGUCAGGCCAGAAGCUGGAGGCAUAACAGACGAUUUGACUGGCAGCUUAUCAGCGUGUGCAGAUAUAGCUGUGAAUUUACUGUUGUCUGAGUUUACACAUUGAUAGAAGGGAUGAAUGUCUGUAAAAGAUUAAAGGGUCUGGUUUUUAAGUUUGCAUUUAAAGUUUCCCAAAACAUAGCUUACAUUUAAAGGAUCAGUCAAAAUAGAUUUCCAUGUAAACAGUCUCCAAGAGAUGAUUUGAAUUUGCUCCUGUGGUGAUGUAACAACAGGAGGGAUCUGCAAUGGCAUGCAGUUAAACAAAAAGGCCAAAAGGUGGAAUUGAAUUCAAUUUUGAAUACACUUCUCUGAGAUAUAAUGUUGUAACUGUGACAUGAUCCAGAUCAGACUCUGGAUCAUGUGUGUCUUGUGUAAACCACCGGUGUUGGUUCUUCUCAAGUGCUUGGCAUUUUUAUUUUGGUGCUUUUCUGCUACUACAUUUGUCAGUACUAGGCUGCCCCCUCUGCGGACAACAUUCAGUCAGCCAACCACCGCAGUGCCUCAUUAUCAGUAUUUUUGCCCCCUAAGAUCACUGCACAGAUUCAGAUCCAAGACCCGCGUUAUUUAAUGUGUUGACGUCAGACGCCUGCUGGCCAAAUGACCAAUCAAUGUAAAUCACCGAGACACACAUUAUUUUAAGUGAACUCGAAACUUUGCUUAAAUGAAAACAAAAAAAACUUGACCAAACUGGAAAAUAUGAGUACAAACUUUAUUACAUCAAGAUGUCCUCAAGGUCAGAACCUCAAAAUAAUUGAAAGAUGUAUUUGAAGAAAUAAAAGAUAUUUUGCCAUAGAACUAUUAAAGAAUAUAUUUAUACUACGUCACACUAUGGUAACAUCAACAACAUUGAAUCUAUGACUGUUAAUCAUUUUAUCAUUAUUGUGUAUUUACAUGAUAAAACAAAAAGUAUUGUGAUAAAUUUCACAGUCAGAUUCAGAGACUGUUUAUAAGAAGUAGAAACAGCAGUAACAGACUGGUGCAGGUUGUAAGAAGAAAUAUAAUCAUAAACCAGUCUGUGAGAGUUUUCCACUCCCUCUACUGUCCCAUCUCUCUCAGUAAAGGAAUAUUAUGCCAAGAAGAAACAUGCAAAUCUAUAUUGGGGCAUUUUCCUUGAAAUAUCACAAUUUAAUCAUGAAUAUAUAUAUUAUUGUAGGCCUGAAAUGUAGUCAGAUGAUGUAUUUAAGCUGCACCAAAGCCACCCACCAGCUGACGGAUGCCAUAUUUCAGUGAGGAGCAAUUUAUCAGUAUUUUGAUCUGGGAAAUGGAGAUACAAUUGUAUGUAGGCUGUGUCUAGUUAAACGGACUUUUUACCCCUUGACUGGAGCGAUGAGUAACCAGCACAGGCUUGUGGACGUAAACUUGCAAGGAGGACUGAAGGCUGGUGGUUCUAGCUCUGCUAAAAUAAGCCACAUUCAGUGAAACAAUUUAACCCCAUUAACCUGUAUGGAGUCCAACCAUUCUGUGAUCCUUUUUACAGUUAAAUUGAGCUCAAUUUCCAUUGUUUUCUGUGAGUUUCUGACCUCUAAACUCACUUAAUUAGGGAAUUAACACAUUUUAGUUGAAAUGACGAGGACAUUAGUUCCAUCUAGUGGCAACAGUCAAAAUUUUAAACUUCAGGCCAAAAAAGUAAAGGAUGAUGACACGGUGCUCUGCUCACUUUUCGUAUACAGUUUACCGAUCGAUUUUGUAAUAAAACCAUGGUUAAAAGAAAACAAUCGUAACUUUUGAUAGAAUUGCCAUGAUACAGUUAUUUUUCAACCACUGUAAAAAUAGAGGUUAUAUAAAAAGAACCUUUUUGACUUGCCAAAAAGAAUAACGCAGUUAAAUUGCAAGUCAUACCAAAGCAAAAAUUAUGAAUAAAGAAGGUUUAUGUUUAUUAUAUAUCAUAAUAUUUUAAAGAUCCUAAUUAAAAGAGUUUAUUCUUCCAUAAGAUACCUAUGGCCUGUGUGUAAUACAAGAAGUUUAUCUAUUAUGACUUUCACAUUAGUCAUUUGGUGGCCCUUCUUGGAGACAUCAACAUAAUGAAUAUUAAAAAAACAAAUUCCUAAUAUUGAUGGAAUCACCCUCAAUGGAUAUUCUCUGCUUUUCCCUUUACUUGAGCUGCUAUCAAUAAACAAUCUCACCUGGCCAAAAUAUUCCACACCUGGGCGUCAACAAGCCGUCCUUCUGUCAAAUUGCUGUAUUGCAUAGAUAUUAAAUUACACCCACAGGAUGAUUCUCAGCUUCAGUGAUGGAUGUUUGUAACAGGAACCCUAGAUGUAACUGUGGCCUCUUGCUGUCGUCUCUCAGGAAAGUCACUGUGUGUGGCUCCUCUCUCUUCAGCCCUCUCCCUCUCUCUCUCUCUAUCUCUCUCUGCCUCUCGCUCGCCCACAACGGAGGAGCACAUCAAACUCUACUUGACCUGCACACAUUACACACAAACACACAUGUAAAAAAACAAAAAAAAAAAAUCACCAGGGAGUAUUAACACUGGAGAUGUUGAACUGUGUUGUAAAGACUGUUUGAAUUAAACUCGCUGAGCUCAGAGAACAAAAAUGGGAGACAAAGAGGGAUUUACAGAAAAUAUAACUCGCAUACUGUUUGCCUUUUUUAAUGUGACAUAUCUCUGCUUUCUCUUCACCUGAGCUGAGAGCCGAACACAAACCGAACAGGCUGUCUUGUUGAAGGAACUCUAAAACAACUACCUAGACUAGCUCUCUUUGAUACAGACUGUUUUUAGACUACAUUAUGACUUCUUUAUCGCCCUGUUUGCAUGCAUGAGGAUAUACCACAGCUGAAAUUAAGGAAAUAAAUAUUUAUAUAAUCAUCAGCAAA